CAGCUUCACACCCACCCUUAACCUCCAACCAACUUCCCAUCCCCAACCACAUCCCAACAUCACCCAACAACACCACCCAACAACAAUGUCCUCCGCCGCCGAAACCCCCAAAGCCAAAGCAGCCACAGGCUGGACCGACAAAGAGCGCCUAACCUACCUCUUCGCCCUCAUCGACAACGCGAGCAUGAAAUUCGACUACGCCAACACGCCGCGCCCCCAGGGCCGCUCAGUAAUCGCUUGCCAACGCAUGGUAGAGCGCCUCAAGGGCACGCUCAAGACGGAGCUUGAGGCGUUGCAGACGGGUCAGCAGAUCGAGGGCACGCCGAAGAAGGGCGUUGUGGGGACGGGGACGGGGACGCCGCGGAAGCGUAAAGCCAACUCUAGUGCCGCGGAGGGUGCGAGUCCGGCGAAGCGCGGGCGCAAGAAGAAGAGCGAGGAGGUUGUGCGGGAGGAGGAUGAAGAGGAUGAGGAGGAGGAAGAGGGUAUGGUGAACGUCAAGGUUAAGGAUGAAGUUAGGGAUGAGGAUGAGGUGGAGAUGGAGAUCUAG